AUGUUGCCCGUCAAGUACGAAGUGCGCGUUGAAGGCAACGACUACCACCCGCCUUGCGCAUUAUGCAUUUGCCUCUUGGACGCCUUCACAAGAGUCGGCCUCACAUGCGAAUACGAUGCCUUGGAUGGGACAUGCUUCGUCGACUGCGACAGCCCAAGCGGAGGGGCGGACUUGCAGUCUCAGGUCACCGAGCUGCUCGCGGAGAACUCAGAGCUGCAAGAUGAAACAUAUCACCUGAAGGGUGCCCUCCGGCGCAGCGAGCAAGAUUGCGCAGUCACGACCAAGGAACUUGGGCACGCAUUGAGGUUCAUCGGCCACCUGAAUGACGAGCUGGUUGACAGCAAUGGCAAGCCCGCCACCAAGGAUAACUGCAGUCAAACCGACGAAAGCGCCCAAGACAGAUUACAGAAACUACGAGAGCAGCACCAGCGCGAUGUGCAGAGUCUCCAGGAACAGCACCAGCGCGAGGUAGAGAGUCUACAGGAUCAGCUCGAGCAAGACCGAAAGCGCCACAGCGCCCUACUCCAGAUGCACGGUCGCAUGACGCUGGACAAGCGCCAGGAAGCCAAGACCUUCAUGACCAAACAGCACGCCGAGAUUUCGAGACUGCAUGAGAAGGUCAAGGAGCUCGUGGCAAAGGACGCUGACGACAAGUACUUCCACGGUCUGCCCCGCGGCUUCGAUGUCAGACCCCAUGUGACGCACGACGAGGCCAGACAAAUCCUGUGCGCGGAGCAGUUCCAGCACUCGCAAACGCACCACCUGCCGCAGCUGACGGUACCCCGGCUCAAGUACCUCUACCAGCAGUCACGCGCCGCGCUCGAACUCUGUCAGCGCGACGCCGACGCAUUCCGCGUUCAGGUGUGCCAGCUCACGACCGCAAGGGACGAAAUAGAGCAGGAGUUCGACUCGUUCGCCGACGCCGCCGCCGACGUGGGCCAGCUGCGCCGUGACGCCGACGCCGCGACUGAGGCCGAGAUCACGGCGCUCAUGGACCGGAUCGAGGUAAUCAAGAACGCAUCCUUGGUCCAGACCCCCUUCGUCGGCCGCCCGGACGCCUUUCUCGCUGCCAUGGUGGCGGAGUUCCGGGAGGCGAAGCGAGUCAGAGAGGAGAUGCUGGCGCGCAAGCAGGCGGUGUUGGAGAUGGCGCUGCGGGCCCGGCAGGAGCGGGGCCGGAUUGAGAAGGAGAAGCUGCAGAAGCAGGAGCAGGAGCAGGAGCAGGAGCGCCGCGAGAAGGAGCUGCCGACGGCGCUGCAGUCCAUGAAGGAGAGGCGGCUGCAGAGGGAGAAGCAGCUGCAGGAGGAGAAGCAUACGGUAAAGGCGAAGAUACUACCCCAACAGCAUCAGGACGCGAGAGAUGACGGCGAGGACCACAAGGAUAAGGACAAGCACCAAACCGUAGCCCAGGUUGCGAGCCGCGGUCUCGAGUCCGCGCCCGCGAACCACCCUUCCGCCGGUACGCUGCCCGUCGCAGAGCCCGAGAUCCCGCUGCUGCGCCUGCCGUCGCCGCUCGAGACACCGCCAGCCCAACAGACAGCUUCAACUUGCCAGGAACCCCGACUUAGCAGCUCCGACAACGUCGCGACGAUGGAGGACAUUCAUCCGAACGGAGGCGAGGGCGGUCAACUCCAAGACGACUGA